AUGACUGAAAACCAAGCUCAUACGAUAGCCGUACCUGUGGAAGAAAUAGAAAAACUACCAGAACUUAAGGAGAAUCCUUUCAAGCGUCGCAUCUGCCAAGUAUUCUCGCACGACGGCUCCGGCAACUUGACAUUUGAGGAUUUUCUAGACAUGAUGUCCGUUUUCAGCGAGGCUGCACCCCGCGAUAUAAAGGCUUGGUACGCCUUUCGGAUCUACGAUCUAGACGACGACAUGUACAUAGGCCGUGAGGAUCUCCUGGAGGCGACACGCCUCCUCACGAAGGACGAGCUGCACUCGCAGGAGCGCGACGAGAUUGUCGCGAGCGUGCUGGACGAGGCUGACGUGGACGGCGACGGGAGGCUUUCCUUCAUGGACUUCGAGCACGUGGUAGUGCGCGCACCGGACUUCCUGUCCACGUUCCACAUAAGAGUG